AUGUCCAAAAGUUCUUUUUCCUCCAAACCAGCAAUCACAUAUUCCAAAGUCGCUGCAACCUAUUCGUCUAGGACACAGAAACCUAUCUUCGAUUACCAAGAUUGGGCUCUUCAAACUCAAGGAAGUGUAAACUCGCUAUCACCUAGUCCCGACUUUACAAAAUUUGCAAUUGCUGGCCGCGAACUCUUGGAAAUUCUCGCCCUCAACCCAAAUCCCACCAGAACUCCUAUUCGAAUCAAAAACUUUUCUUCCGGAAAUACCCACGAAAAGAACACCUCCUGCAACGAUGUCAAAUGGGGAAACACGUUUUCCGAAAACUAUUUAUUUACUUGCUCCCCUUUAGGUGACCUAAAUGUUUGGGAUAUUGAUUCUUCCCAAAACAUUUCCAAAUUCACUGAUCAUUCAAGAGCCAUUCAUAGUAUCGACAUCUCCAAAUUCCAUUCUUCAUACGUUCUAACUGCGUCGCAGGACGGCCUUACGAAGUUGUGGGAUUUUCGUGAACCUCACUCCGCCCAAACGUUCCGGGGCAAUUCAGAAGCCGCCAGAGAUGUCGCAUUCUCUCCUUCUGAAAUCAAUGAAUUCGUCGUUGCCUAUGAUAACGGUACUGUCCAAAAAUGGGAUUUGCGUUAUAGUAAAAGUCCUUCUCUAAAGCUUUCGGCUCAUAAUGGAGUUGCAUUGUGUAUUGAUUAUACUCCUAAUGGCUCCCUACUCGCUUCUUGUGGACGAGACAAAUCAAUCCGAAUUUGGGACAUCAGCAAUAAUCAACGCAAAGCGUUUUCUACCAUUAACACAAUUGCUCCUGUAAACCUUGUUCGUUGGGAGCCGUCCGAGGCGAACAAUGCUACCUGUAGGCUGGCCAGCUCUUCCCUUGUGGGUGAUGAUACUAUAAACCUUUGGGAUGUUCCCCGGCCCUAUAUUCCUCACCGCAGCCUCAACCAUCAUGAAAAUAACGUAACAGCUUUGCAAUGGAUCUCUCCCAAUGUCCUUUUGUCAUCCAGCCGUGAUGGAGUCCUUUCACAGUCUCGUCCAAACGAUGCGAUUAGCUACAUAGAUUUAAUGCCCUCCUCUGCUGUGUCAUGGUCUACAAACGGUUUGAUUGCUUUUUCUUCUAAUAGCAAAAAGAGUUUUAACAGUCGUCCCCAGGUUCAUCGAACUCCUUCUCGUGAAAGUAAUAUAAGUUCUUUGAAGACUGCACUACAUGCAAAGCAGGAACCGCACUUGUCGAAACAGAAUUCCGGUAAUUUUUCUGAACUUUCUUCUUCUCAAGAUAAUAUCCAGCUGAGCACAGCUUCUUUAUUUCAUAAUACUUGUCACCAGUUUGUCCAGCUUGCAAAGUCGUAUCAGCUUGCUGGCGAAAUCAGUACUGCAUGUCAACAGAAUGCCAAACUUGCUUGUCAUUUCGGUGCCUAUGAAGCUCAGGCUAUGUGGGAUUUCUUAUUCUUUUCUUCACUUAGUCCAAGUCAUAGAGAACAUUUCUUAUCAAUGGACGACUAUGAGUUUUCGCUCUCUGAUGAAAAUCAUUCUAUUUCAACAAAAAAUAAGUCAGAGAAGAGUCAACACUCUUCAGCUGAGUCUGAAGCACUCUCUGAUGACUUCUUUGAAUCAUUACUAUCCAGUUCAUCUCUCAGUUCAUCAAUACUGUCGGUGGAUUACGAGGAUAACCUAGAUAAGGCUGUGUCACAAAGCUUAAAUCAAAGAACGGAACUUGGAACAUCCACGAAUUCUCGCAAAGAUGGAAUACCAUCUUUCCAAGGAGGUAGAAAUAGUAUCUCCUCAUUACAUUUUUUUGAUUCGGUUGCUUCUAACGUUUCUGCUCAUUCCCAGUACGAUAUGCCAAAUUCUUUACACCAGGGCUCUAUAACCUCCGCUUCAAACAAAUCCCGGGAUUAUGGUACAAGUCUUGGAAGUUUGUCUAAUCGCACUUCUAUUUUUCAUGAACAGUUCUCUUUUGGUGCCGAAGAGCAACCUCCUACAGAUUUGAUGGAUGUGGUGACUUCGUCUAUCGUACAAUGCAUCGACGAGUCAGAUGUACAGACUGGUGCUUCGGUGUAUUUGUUGUUUUCCGCGUUUCCUAUCAACAUCCCCCGUCCUCAAUUGGAUGAUUUGAUAGAUAGUUAUGUGGGCCUUUUACGGCGUAUGGGAAUGUUUUGUGAAGCAUCAUACGUCGUUAAACAUUCCUCGCAAGUUGUUAAAUAUAAAUAUUCAGCAAAUCGCGAUUUGUCAUUCGGUUACAGGUCGAAUUCAAAGGCUUUUACGAAAAAUGUAUAUUCAAAGCUUGAGAGAUGCUGUUUUUGUGAGUUACCUUUGAACGGUAUUAUCACUUCAUGUCAUGGUUGUGGACAUUUGGGUCAUGAAAGUUGUUUGAGGGAUUGGUUUUUUAAUGAAUCUGCUGAAGAAGGUUUGCUAUGUCCUGUUCCCGGUUGUGGACAAGUAUGCUUAGGAUAA